AUGCUCCUCAGACCCUGGCCACCCCCUGAGAGGGAGGCGGUAGAAGGAUCCGCACACGGACAACCAGGGCGGAGCGCAGACCACGCACACGGGCACACAUCCCUUGCCCGCGGAAAGGGAGGUCGUAGCGGGUUGGCAGCGCUGCUUCCCGGGGUGGCUGCCGUAGAGCUGGCUGCCCAGGAGGAAUCGCCGAGUCAAGAAAAUCUUAGCAACACACCUCUGUCAACUGCAGAAGUGUAUAAGAUAAACUUUGUAUUUCCAAAUGGAGACAAGUAUGAUGGUGACUGUACAAGAACAUCUUCUGGAAUCUUUGAGAGAAAUGGAAUAGGUAUUCAUACCACUCCUAAUGGGAUUGUCUACACAGGAAGCUGGAAAGAUGACAAGAUGAAUGGUUUUGGAAGACUUGAGCACUUUUCAGGAGCAGUAUAUGAAGGACACUUUAAGGACAAUAUGUUUCAUGGAUUGGGGACUUACACAUUCCCAACUGGGGCAAAGUAUACUGGAAACUUCAAUGAAAAUAGGGUAGAAGGUGAAGGACAAUACACUGAUGUCCAAGGACUGGAAUGGUGCGGUAACUUCCAUUUCACUGCUGCUCCAGGCCUGAGACUAAAGCUCCACAUGUAGGAUAUCCUGCAGUAAAGUUUUAAUGUAGUAAUGAAAGCUUUUAGUUGUAAGGAAAACACUGAAAUCUGUCAGCUGAAAUAACUUCAUACCCUACCUCUAGAUCUUAACUUUGCCAAUAAAACCAUCACUCACACCUCUUUGAACUUGAUUUUCAUCAUCGUAUACUCAGUGUAAAAUAAAUUAUGUGAUUCCUUUUAAUAAACACAGCAGAACUAUCUAAA